UAUACACAUGUAGGACACACCCUACAUACAUUUUUUUUGAGACUGGUAUGCACAUUUUUAUAGGCACUGUAUUUUAAAAGCAAAACAUAGUGCAUUUUGUUAACAGAUUAAAUUAGGAGUGUGUUUUAAUCUAAUUAACUAAUGAAUUGUCAUUAUUAAAAUCAUAUAAUUUAUAAAUAAUUAUUUACAUAAGUGUGAAAUAGUUACUCUAGAUUAAUGUAAAUUUUUACCUGUGAUUCAAUGACCAGAGUCUAUCUGGUUUCUGCACAACCUGAAAAAGUUUAGGUUAAUCCAAGACCUUCCAUCAAAUGAGUCUGUCCUUCAGGAGUUUCAGAUUCCACAAGCUACAGAUCUGACAGAUAAGCCCAGACAAUGACCCUUGUUAAAGAUAAAUUAAGUACUAUAUUACACAAUAUGUACAAAAACUAUGUUUACAGAAUAUCUUAUCACUGUCAUUAAGUUUUUCCCUUCCCUUAUGUUCUACAGGACCUUGUAAAGCUCUGGAAGUAACUUGUGUUGGACCUUUGUGAGAACCAAAUUUCAAGCACAAAGCGCUAUUCAUGACACUUGAUGCCUCCUAUAACCGGAUUUAUGUUAGGGUGGUAAUGUGUUUAAAUAAUUUGUCUUGAAUAUGUUUCAUUUUAGAAUAUUUUCAGAAUGUUACGGAAUAGCCAAUUUAAUCAAAAAUAGCCAGUGGAGACAUCCCAGAUCAGCAUCAGGGCUUUUGUGUAUUCAGCAGUGGCCAACUUGCUCAUGUUUCAUUCAUUUAAGCUUUUACUUGUAUGCACGCUGCACUGAAUCCCUUUGGACGUAUCCAGUUUCAUCUAAAAACAGUCUUCCUUGUUCACUGUCCAGAUAUUUAACACUGAAACAAAACAGUGUGUCUCUUGUCAUGCCACAGUGCUUGGCUAUGUCCCUCUCAUCAAGUGCAUUUUUGGACUGGUGAGUGGGCUGUCCAAGUUGGUCCUGUUACGUUAGUUUUAAAAGGUUUUCUGGAGCUUCCAUUUUAGUCACUGACUUGCAUCUUUAGAAUAAAGACUGUAUGAGUGUGGCUUCAUUCACUGGAGAAGAUGGUUUUCCUCACUCCCAAAAUAAUGCAAAGAACUGCUCUAUUUGUGACAUUUGGAGGUUUUGUCACUUCUUUGAUGACCAUGUUUAUACCUUUUUGGAAAACGAUGAAUUCAGAUUUAAAUGAAAUGGAGAACUGGUUUUCAGGAUUGUUCCACAUGUGUCUCUAUACCGAAGAAGUAGGAAUUCAAUGUAAGGCUUAUGAAUCGAUUUUGGCGCUGCCUAUGGACCUCCAGAUCUCCAGAGUGCUCAUGUCUGUAUCCAUUGGAACAGGUGCCUUUUCCAUGGUGACUGCAUUUCUUGGUCUGGAAGGAGUGGAGAUUUUCCCACCUGGGAUUAAAAGAGGACUGCUUAUCUUUAGCGGGGUGCUGACAUGGGUCUCUGGCCUCACUACCCUGGCCCCUAUAUCAAUAGUGGCCUAUACGACUGUGGUUGAAUUUUGGGACGAGGGCUUCCCUGAUGUGAUGCCUCGCUGGGAGUAUGGAGAGGCUAUGUUCUCUGGAUGGUUUGGCGGUUUUGCUCUUGUCAUCGGAGGGACACUGUUCUUUAUUGCUGUGUGCAUGGCUGACUUUGAUCAGAGCAUUCAAACUGUGCCUGGCAGUCCACUGGUGAAGCAACGGACACAGAAUUAUCUCAAGACUGAGAUGUUAUAAA